CGGCGCCCAUGGAGCACCAGUCCAUCAUCGCCCAGGUUAGCAGGGAGGAGGGGAGCGCCCCGCUGCAGGAGAAAGGUACCCAGACCCCUACCAAGAAGCCUCGAAGCCGCAGCAUCCUCCAGUCCCUGUUUUGCUGCCUGUGCCGCGAUGAAGGGGAGCCCUGCACUGGCACCACUGGYGCUCCGCUGCUGGUGGAGGAGAACGGGGCACUGCCCAAGGCUGCUGUCAAACACCUCCUGCCWGAGAUCAAGCCACAGGAUGCCAGCAAGCUCUGUGUGGUCAUCGACCUGGAUGAGACCUUGGUACACAGCUCCUUCAAGCCGGUGAACAACGCCGACUUCAUCAUUCCCGUGGAAAUCGACGGCAUCAUGCACCAGGUGUACGUGCUCAAGCGGCCRCACGUGGACGAGUUCCUGCAGCGCAUGGGCGAGCUCUUCGAGUGCGUGCUCUUCACCGCCAGCCUGGCCAAGUAUGCGGACCCCGUGGCUGACCUGCUGGAUAAAUGGGGGGCUUUCCGGGCACGGCUUUUCCGGGAGUCCUGCGUUUUCCACCGCGGCAACUACGUGAAGGACCUGAGCCGCCUGGGCCGCGACCUGCGCCGAAUCAUCAUCGUGGACAACUCUCCCGCAUCCUACAUCUUCCACCCCGAUAACGCUGUGCCGGUGGCCUCCUGGUUCGAUAACAUGGCGGACACAGAGCUGCUGGACCUGCUGCCCUUCUUCGAGAGGCUCAGCAAGGUGGAGGACGUGUACGCAGUGCUCAAGAAGCAGCGGACUAACAGCUAAUGGCCCCCCRCCCUGCAGGUGCUGCCAAGGGGCACCGUCGGGGGAGCCAGGUGCCUUAUCUGGGGGAGGGAGGGUCCCGGUGUGCCCCGCAUCAUCCUCCCCAGCCCCGGCGGGCGUGGUGCCCUCCAUGCCUGCUGGUGGUGGGAGAUGUGGGUGCCCCCGCCGGGAAGCUGGGUUCCCCCCUUUCUCAGAGAAGGGGGGCCGUGGGUGACCUGUUGCCUUGCUGUGCUGAGGACCUACUGGGGGGGUCCCGUCCUCCCCCACUGUUCAGCCCCUGCCCUCUCCCCCUCACCCUGUGUCCCCCCUCCCCAAAACGGUUCUCAGGUCCUUUUCCCCUCUGUCCCCCGACUGGGGAGGGGGGGCGGGGUCAGCAGCUGCUGCUUUCCACUGCCUUUGGUGGGGGACCAGAUCCCUCCAGCCAGACUCUGCCUGCCGGGAGGCUGGUGGCCCUUGGCCCCAGUCUGCAGGGACUACGGGGCCAGUUAACACCUUGUCACCCUCCAAAAAAGCAGGGAGUCUUACUGGCCUUGGUGCGUAGAGCUGCCACCAUACCCUUAACUCUGCCCUGGUGCAGUUAUCACCUCGUGGGGGGCAUGUCCUUGCCCCUGUUCGUGCCUGCUGCCCCCACCCCGGGGCCGUKUUUUUCGGGGGCAGCCCGGCCUCAGGGCCGAGCCC